UUCGUUUUCGUUUGCAGAGAACGGGUUAUUAGUAGCAUAAGGACAACACACAGCGAACCGAUCAUUUUGUUUUAUACUAAUUUUAGCCGGAAAAUAUACAUCGAAAGUAGAAAGUGUUAAUUGAAGAUUGUCUUACACACAAAGUGAUUUGACCUUAUAACAACAUACACCUGUGUACUGGAUCGACAUUAUUGUUUGUAGUUUUUCGGUCAAUAAAAAAUUAGUUAUCGCAAUCCAAUUUACUAUAUUGGCUAGUCGAAUUGUGUGCUAUUUUCGCUGAUAAUAUUUCGUAAUAAUUGAUAUGUUGCACUAAACGUCGAUAUUGUAUUGGAAUUUGAACGCAAUAUAAUUCGAUUUUUCAGUAAUUGAGUGAUAACUAGCUGGGUGCUCUGGCAAAUAAAGUAAACUCUCGAUUAUAUAUGUGCAUAGUAAUGUGAAUGCAGUUGAAUUUGCUAUACGUAAACAAAUAAAGUGCAAAUCUACUAAACUGGAAUUGAGCAAUUUAUAACAACGGAAACGAACAGUUCGUAUACUUUACUGAGUGGUUGAGCGUUGUUCAAACGACAUAAGAAUUCUACUUACAUAAUCAUAUUAUAUUCACACUUGGAAUAAGUAUAUAUAUCUAACAAUAACGUUUGGAUUCUGAAGCACCGCAAAGUAUUUCGCCAUGAGUAAGGAACAAACAAAAUUAGACACAACCAAACAAGUAACAAGUCCGGAAGAAUGCGACGAUCUGAGCCCAAUGCCACAAGCACAAGUACCGCCAGUUCGAAGGAGAGGUGGAAUCUCAGCCGAACCAGUUACCGAAGAAGACGCUACUAGUUAUGUCAAAAAAGUUGUUCCAAAAGACUACAAAACAAUGGCUGCCCUAUCAAAAGCUAUAGCGAAAAAUGUUCUAUUUUCGCAUUUAGAUGAAAACGAACGGUCGGAUAUAUUCGACGCAAUGUUUCCAGUUAAUUGCUUAACAGGUGAACCAAUUAUUCAACAGGGCGAUGAGGGUGAUAAUUUCUAUGUCAUCGAUCAAGGUGAAGUUGAGGUAUUCGUAAAUUCUGAAUUGGUAACAACAAUUGGCGAAGGUGGUAGUUUUGGUGAAUUAGCCUUAAUAUACGGAACACCCAGAGCAGCAACUGUACGUGCCAAAACGGACGUUAAACUAUGGGGUAUCGACAGAGACUCAUACCGUCGCAUUUUGAUGGGUUCGACCAUACGAAAACGAAAAAUGUACGAAGAAUUCUUAUCGCGCGUAUCAAUUUUGGAGAGCUUAGACAAAUGGGAACGGCUUACUGUAGCUGAUUCAUUGGAGCCAGUAAGCUUUGAGGAUGGCGAAACAAUUGUUAAGCAGGGAGAAGCUGGAGACGAUUUUUAUAUAAUCGUCGAGGGCUGUGCUGUUGUAUUGCAGCAACGAGCGGAAGUGGGUGAGGAACCAGCUGAAGUUGGACGUUUAGGACCUAGUGAUUAUUUCGGAGAAAUUGCACUACUUUUGGAUAGACCUAGAGCAGCCACAGUUGUCACCAGAGGGCAAUUGAAGUGCGUAAAGCUGGAUAGAAAUAGAUUUGAACGUGUUCUUGGUCCAUGCGCUGACAUACUCAAGCGAAACAUUACACAAUAUAACAGUUUCGUUUCGUUGUCAGUUUAAUGCUAAUCAAUCAACCACUAUGAACAUAGCAUUUAGUAUUUACCAAUAAGGAAAUAAACAGAAAAUUAAUUUAUAAAAUCGAAACAAAACAAAACAAAAAUAUUGUGGUAAGCAUUUGUACUAUCUCUCCUACUGAAAAAUCAAUAUUUUUUAAUGUCCCAAUCUGACGAUAAAAGAGCCGGUUCUGAGUUUCAAAGAAAUAUUUUUGUGUUUUUAUUCUUUCGAACGUGAUUUCAAGAAAUGAGAAUCAUCACGUUGUUCAGACGAUCCACUCCAAUUAAGUGCGGCAUCAGCUCAUGUCAACGCACUGUGAAUUUUAUGAUGAAAUGUGAAAACUGUUCAUCUAACAAUAUAAUCGCAUUUACAGACUAAGCGUAUUAUGAGACAAUAUAAUCGCAUUGACUAUGAGAGGGCAUUCACUAUACGCUGACAUAAGCCGAUAACGCACUAUUGGUAUACUUUCCAUCUAUUAAACCAAUUAGUCUAAUUUGUUGAUCAAUUAUUGUCGACAUAACUGUUGUAAGUGUGUUCACAUCGCCUGGUUUACCAAUUAACAAAACAUUUAGGUGGAAGGGUGACCGAGUAUUUCUCAAAAUUUCUUUUAUUUCCACUGCAACGGAAUGUUGAUGGAAAGCUAUCGAAUAUUUUGAUUUUAAAUUUUACACGGAUGAUUUACAGUAAAUGUCAACCGAAUUGUGUCUUAGUUUGUUUCAGUACUUAUAAAACGGUAUAAGCAACGUGUUAAGUGGACCCCGUGGUAAACGAAGAGUCCAGCUGAAGCAAACGUAGACACAAAUUUGGUUAAUGUUAGCUGUACCCAUUUUGCGAAAUCUUUGUUUAAUUUUUUUGUUCUUUAUUUAUUUACUAUGUUGGCUAAACAGCAUUUUAUUGUGUGUGUAAGGUUUGUGUGAGUGUGUGUGUAUGUGUGGAAAAACAACAUUUCUGAUGAAAUUAAUUUUUGUUAUUUUUAAAAUGCGAUGUAAUGUCCUCAAUUAAGCCUCAAUUCGCCCUCCUCCUACUGCAAUUCAUUGCAAAUUAUAUAUAUUUUUAGAUAACACGCAUGUAACGUAGUCCGAGAUUAUAUCAAAAAGUAUUUAUCGCCAAAUUAUAAAAAGGGAACUGGUUUCCUAUUUUGCCACAAAAGAAUAUAAUUUCUUCUCCAUUUUGGUUCAUUUUAGUUUCAUUUUUCUAGUUUUUUUUCGAGAAGCCAAAAUGCAAAAAUUU